AUGACAGCUACUCAGAAACACGGUCUCUUCACACCAGAACCUCAUUACAUCCCUGGCUAUGCUGGCUUCUAUCCGCAACUGCGCUACCAGGUGGGGAACACCUAUGGGCGCACCACUGCUCAGUUGCUCACAGACCCUGGUGUGCAGAAGAGCUCCUGCUCUGUGCUGUCCCCAAUAUCUGAGCCCAAAUUCAUUGAGGACUUCAGCAAGCACAAGCCACCUUCAAUCCCCUGCCGUGACCUGACUGAGCCCUACAUCCCCCACUACACCGGUAUGAAGCCCUACAAGAAGUUUGAGAUCCUAGGCCGGUUCCUACCCCAGGAGGUAGACGCUCAGAAGGGGCCACCAGGAGUAGAGAAUAUAUCCAGGCAGGUCCUGCUGCCUGCGGGCUUCAUGCCCUACCCCCCCUAUCCCCUGUGCCCACCAGGCAGGAAGGGGGACUCCAGAAACUUUGGACACCCAGGCCUGCAGAGCACCUCCCCUAUCCACGAGGCCCCUGGGCAGGACCAGCUGUACCAUUGUAGGAAGGAGUACUACCCACCCCCAGCUCACCAGCAGGAGACUCUGGAUGUGGGCAGGUUCCACAGGCUGCCCCAGCUGGACCACCCCAACCUGAUCCAACGCAAGGCCAUCUCAGGCUACGCUGGCUUCGUCCCUCAGUUUGCCUGGGUGAUGGGGGUCAAUUACCGCGAGGGUGUCACACAGGCUAUGGAUGAAUUUGACAAGAACCAGUUCCUCUUCAGAAACCCCAUCUGUGCUCUGGGUGAGAGGCUGCCCAGAACACACUGGCCCAGCAACACCAUCUAUAGCAGCCAAGGCCUGAUCCCUUUCUACAUGGGGUUCAUACCAUCCAUGCAAGACAACCACGCAAUGACAUUUGGCAACAGUACCCGCAGGGCCUAUCAGAAAGAAAUGGAGAGGCAACACCAGACACUAUGA